CGUGACCCCUGGCUCCCGCUAUGAUCAGUACAAUGAAGUCUGCAGCAACUGAUGCUUAAAGCCUUUGCAGAUAGCCAGGCAAAUGGGUUAUUUAUUUCUCCUCUUUCUAAACCAGGCUAAGAGCUGGGCCCUGGAGGAGGCCAACCUCUUCUCCUCCUCUCUGCUGUGUGACCCUGGGAAGAUGGUGGAGCUGAGAAGCCGAAGGAAGGAAGUUGAGGACACUGAGAUCUUUACAUCCCGAUGCCCCCUGCCUGGUGCUGCCGGGCUUCCCACAAAGCUGAUGCAGUCCGUCUGCCCCCAGGAAGUCAUCAGAGGCCACGGCUGAGGGCCUCCCUGGGCCUGCUAUUGGGGUGAAGUGGCCCGCACAGAAUCAGGUGGACAGCGCGCUGCCUCAGCAAGCCAGGAUGUGCUGGGCUGUCAGAAAACGCCCAUAAAUAGGACGGUCCCUGCAGAAGCAGACUGAGUCUGCAGACGGCAUCGGCCCUUCUGCUCUUCUCAAGGCGACUGCAACAGGUUCAUUCUGGCCACAGGUGUUCCUGGGGCGAUGGCGGAGCAGCACAGCGCGCCGGAACAGGCUGCCGCCGGCAAGAGCCACGGAGGCCUCGGGGGCGUCUACAAGGUGAUCGUGUACGAAAUGGAGAACUUCCAGGGCAAGCGGUGCGAGCUCUCGGCCGAGUGCCCCAACCUGACAGAAAGCCUGCUGGAGAAGGUGGGCUCCAUCCAAGUGGAGUCGGGGCCGUGGCUGGCAUUUGAGCGCAGGGCCUUCCGCGGGGAGCAGUAUGUGCUGGAGAAGGGGGAUUAUCCUCGCUGGGACGCAUGGUCCAACAGCCACCGCAGUGACAGCCUCCUGUCCCUCCGGCCUCUGCAAAUCGAUGGUCCGGAUCACAAGCUGCAUCUCUUUGAGAACCCGGCUUUCGGCGGCCGCAAGAUGGAGAUAGUGGACGAUGACGUGCCCAGCCUCUGGGCUCACGGCUUCCAGGACCGUGUGGCGAGCGUCCGGGCCAUCAACGGGACGUGGGUUGGUUACGAGUUCCCCGGCUACCGCGGCCGCCAGUACGUGUUUGAGCAGGGUGAGUACCGCCACUGGAACGAGUGGGACGCCAACCAGCCACAGCUGCAGUCUGUGCGCCGCAUCCGCGACCAGAAGUGGCACAAGCGGGGCUGCUUCCUCAGCAGCUGAAGGGCGCCCAGGACCCAGUGGCCCAGGCCCGCCCUGGGGGGCAGCAAGGGCAAGAAGAGGCGGCUCCAGGGCCGGGGUGAGGGCCUGUCUGGCCACCCUCCCCCAGAAUCUGCUCAAUAAAGCCUGGGGCCGGUCCCCCACCUGC